AUGGCAGCGUUGGCAUUAAAAGUGAAAAAUAAAAACGGUCAGCAUAUUUUAAAAGAUCUGACCUCUGAAAGUACAGUGGGAGAAUUAAAAUUAUUUCUCUAUAGCUUAUCGGAUGUUAGUGUUGAUAGAAUUCACGUUUUGUUUGGGUUUCCACCGAAGCCACUGGAUAUAAGCGAUGAUAAUAAAACUUUGAGUGAGAUAGGUUUGAAGACUGGUGAAACUUUGAUUUUGGAAGAAAAAACAUCUGUUCAAGAAAUUACGUCGAAAGCCGAGCCUCAGAAACCUGUAGAAAAUGGCGUAACUUCCCACGAGGCUGUAGGGUCAUGUAGGCCUGGCAUUUUGAUGAAGAAAAUAGUCCCUCCAGAUAAUUCUUGUUUAUUUACUAGCAUAGGUUUUGUAUUAAAUGGCAAUGUGGAUACAUCUGUACAUACUCUAAUGCGGCAGAUAAUUGCCAUGGAGGUGGCGAGUGACCAUGAGACUUAUAAUGAAGCCAUGCUGGGCAAACCUAAUGCCGAGUAUUGCACUUGGAUACAACAGCCUAGCUCCUGGGGUGGAGCUAUUGAGGUGGCGAUACUCUCCCGUUUUUACGGCUUGGAAAUGGCGGUUGUGGAUACAUUAAACGCUAUAAUUAAUAGGUUUGGCGAAGAUAAAAACUAUGGUCAGAGGGUUUUUUUGCUGUUUGAUGGAGUACAUUAUGACCCUUUGUACUUGGAACAGUCAGAUGGUGGUGUCCAAACAAUAUUCGCCGCCGAGGAUAUGGACAUCUACAGAGAGGCUGAGCAAUUGGCUCAUGAAGCCAAAUCUUCCCGUCAGUUCACAGACUUGAACAAAUUUACACUCAAAUGCAUGAACUGCAAUAAAUUUCUCACUGGACAGGCCGAAGCACAGCGACACGCUAAGGAAACUAUGCACACGAAUUUCGGCGAAGUUUAG